GGAAUCAAAUGCGAGGAAGCUUCCUUCCUAACGCGGGAGGUCCAGUGAUGCGGGCACAGAGAACACACACCAGAGGCACACGCACGCACACUUUCAGGCCAGGUAUUCCCCUCGACUCUGCCAACGCCCUCAACAUCGCUUCUGUUGACGCUGCUUCUCUCGACACGACAACCUUGACCCCUCCCCCCCUCCCCACCUGCCAGCCCAUACCGACGCGACAAACCUGUGAGGCCAUCAAACCCCGACCACCGUUAAGCCGUGCAAUCCGCAGUUGACGUGCGCCCAGCCGAACCCCGACCGGACGACAAACCCUUGUUGUGCCGCCACAGCAGCAGCCGGCCGUCUUCGAUAGGCCCGCGUCCCUUUCCCGCCGCUUCUCCAGCUUUGCGCCUUUAAACACGCCGUGGUCCGCUCGAGGCUCACAGCGAGGCGCAAACCUGAAGUGUCGGGAGCGGACGCAGCACUAAACACGCCCCGACACCCAUGAGUCACCUACUUUGGAGGUCCUACUGGCAAGACGAUGUCGACCGCUUCCGCCGCCUGUUGGCCCCCGCCCUGGGCUACGGUGUACCCAGCACUUCCCGCGGGCCCAGCAUAGGCGGCAGCUCUGGCGCGGGUCUUGGAGGCGUCGCCAGCGCCGCCGCUGCGGGGAGCCCCGGCGCCGUCGGCACCUCGCCCGCCCGCGCCCCUGCCGGCAAAAUGCGCAAGUCCUCGGCCCUCCUCGCCGCGGGAGGCGGCGGCGGAGGCGCGGGCGGGGUCGCCAUGGGCAAGGCCGAGAUCAACAGCCGCGACCACGCCGGCCUCACGCUGCUGCUGCGCGCCGCCUCGUCCGCCUCGCCCAACGCCGUCGCCUUCGUGCGCGCCCUGCUCGAGCACCCGGCGCUGGACAUCUACGCCCAGGACAACGAGAGUGGCUGGAACGCCCUCCACCGCGCGCUGUACGCCGGCAACAUCUCCGUCGCGCGGCUGCUCUUGGACAGGGAGCGCAAGGACCUCACCGAGGGGGUCUUUGGCGGCGCUUCCCUCUCGCGCAUCGGCCAGCUCAUCAAGACCAAGGACCACGAGGGCAACAGCCCCUUCGACCUGUUCGCGAGCACCAUCGGGGAACGCAGCAUCCAUCGCAACGUGCUGGGGUCCCCUUCAUCCGAAGAUUGGGGAUCUGACAGUGAGGAGUCGCUGUCCGUUCAAGACGCCACGAGCAUUGGUGGCCUACAAGACCUCGUGGACGGCGACGAGCUCUUCAUGUUCGGGAGCAACAAGAACAUGUCGCUCGGCGUUGGCGACGAGUCUGAUCGGCAGUAUCCCGAGCGAGUACACCUCCGUCGCCCGGACCAUCUCUUCCACGCCUUUCACGCCGAUAAUCUUGACGGGGCUGGGCUGGAACACCCAGGCUCCCUCAAGCUCGAGGAACUGCCGGCUAUGGUUCUGACGCGACCACUCGAAGUCCGCGAUGUGGUUCUCUCCAAGUUCCAUAGCGCCAUCGUGACCACGGACCCCGUGUCGAACCUGUACAUCUGUGGCAUUGGUCGUGGUGGGCGGCUAGGUUUGAGUGAUGACCAGCGGGUCCGAUUCACCUUCGUGCCCGUCCAGGGUGGCCUCGCAGAUCGACAGGUCGCGCAAGUGGCUCUCGGGCAGGAUCACUCUAUAGCCGUCACGAGCACUGGCGAGCUUUGGACCUGGGGCUCAAACACGUACUCCCAACUCGGCUACGCGCUGCCACCUCCGACCAAGAAGGACGAGGAGCCCAUGGGCCUGUUCCCUCGGCAGGUGUUUGGAGUCCUGAAGAAGGAAGUGGUCAUUGGCGUGGCCGCGUCCGCCAUCCACUCUGUCGCUCACACCGGCAACUCUCUGUACUGCUGGGGCAAAAACAUGGGCCAGCUGGCUCUGAUGGACGCGGACUCGAGGUCCCUCGAGAUCCAGUCAACGCCGCGGAAAGUCGCCGCCUCGCUGUUCUCGGCACCGAUAGUCAUGGCCUCGGCUAUCGACAAGGCCACCACGAUUCUGCUGGCAAACCACACGGUUUGCGUUUUCACGAGCUACGGCUAUAAUUGGGUGAAGUUCCCGCCCAUCGACCCCUUUGCGGACUCGCGCAUCCAUCGGGGAGUGCGCGGUCAGGACCGCCACCACAGAGGUCGCAAGAUCUGCUACAUCGAUUCUGGCGGCGACACAAUUGCCGCUGUUACGGGUCGUGGUGAUCUCUUCAUCAUGGGGCUGAACCAUGACGUCGACGCAAGUUCCUCCGCCUCGACGACGAACCCAUCCAAGAUCAGGGGCGCAGUAGGUCGGUCGCAAUGCAUCUGGCGGGCCAGAAAAGACGGCGUCAAGUCUGUCGGCGUCGGUGAUCAUGGUUCCGUCAUAAUCGCGACCGAAUCCGGGGCCGUGUGGCGACGGGUGCGGCGGGCCACGGCAAAGGAUGCGUACGUCACAGCGGGCUCGGAGCUUACCCGACGCAAGGACUUCAAAUUCCAGCGCAUCCCUUACAUCACCAAGAUUGUGACUGUGCGCACUUCCCCAUCAGGCGCCUUUGCCGCCGUUCGCAAGGACUCGGAGGUUAUGAAGAAACAGAUCAAAGUUGAUGGGCAGUCGAUGCGAGAUGAUAUUUCCGCGCUCCUGCCGCUGCGGGGCUUCGCCACGUCGAGCCCGAGGCCGGGCGGGAAGCCGCUCCUAGGGCUGCUUGAUCUUGCCAAGGAAGAUUCUAUGACGUGUCAACUUAGGCAUGCUAUCACCUCGAUGCUUUAUUCGACCGAUCUAGCCUCUGAUACGCAGCAAUUCUUGGCCGGUUCGAGCGGAGAAGUCGAGCGAGAUACUCUUGUCUGCUCAUCCUCCCACCCCGACAUCAAGAUACCGGUCCACGGCUGGGUCAUGUGUGCGAGGAGCUUGGCCAUUCGUGACGCGCUGGCCAGGUGCCGCUCUCAGGGGUCCUACACGUCUGCAGGUCUUACCGUCGAGUUCGCCGAUGACAAGAUGCUUGUCACUAUAGAAGCAACCGAUGUCUUGACUGUCCUCAACGUGGUCGUCUGGGCCUACACAAGCCGUGCAGUCCCUCCCUGGAACAUCCGGCAGCCGUCGCCAACCUUGACGCAGGCGUCUCGACAGCUCCGCGUUGAGGCCAUGAAAGUGGCUGCAAGACUGUGCAUGUCGAGCCUUGAGGCCGCAGCACGACUCCAGAGCGAUCCGACAUGUACUCUGACGGCCGAUCUGGAGUCAGCAAUGAAGGACCCUGUAUUCUUCCAGGACGCCGACGUCGUUGUCGAGCUCGACGGGGGAGAAACUGCCGCCCACAGCUCGCUGCUGUGCCAACGCUGCCCCUAUUUUGACGGCCUCUUCAGGGGGCGCUCGGCGGGGAUGUGGCUAGCAUCGCGCCUGGAUACCGCACCAGGCGGGCCGCAGAGGAUACCAAUCGAUAUGAAGCACUUCGAGCCAGAGCCGUUCAGCUAUGUGAUGCGAUAUCUGUACACCGACGCGGGCGAGGAGCUGUUUGACGCCACGGUGGCGCCCAGUUUUGAGGAAUUCACCGGCCUUGUACUGGACGUGCUGGCCAUUGCAAAUGAGUUGAUGCUGGAUCGGCUGUCGCAGAUCUGCCAAAAGGUGAUGGGCCGUUUCGUCAACACCCGGAACAUUGCGCACCUCUUGAACGAGAUCAGUCCGUGCUCAGUCACCAUGUUCAAGGAUGCGGGUCUCGAAUACCUGUGCAUGCAGGUAGAGACCAUGCUGGAGAACCACAUGCUUGAUGACCUAGAGGAGGAUCUGCUUGUUGACCUGGACGAUGUGGUCAAGGAAAACCAAGCGGAGAACUCGGUCAAGUCAAGGCACAUAGAGGCGGGCCUCCACGAGCUGCACCCUGAGCUAAUGCAAGACAUGGAGGAGGAGAGGCAGAGGCGGGUGAGGGAAAUGGUUUGGAAAGCCAGCCAGAGGGACGACGAGAAAAAGCUAUCAUCAUCCUACAAGGGCAGAGCCGGAAGCUUGGAUGACUCGACCCCUGCCGCCGCCGCCGCGAUAACCACGCCAGACCGGGCGCGAAAAAAGAUUGGUGCGCGUAACGAGCCUUUCAGUCCUGUUAUCCGCCCCAAGGCGUCUGCGGUGGAUUUGAUGUUCGAGAUGGAGGAUGACAAGGAUGACGGCCCGACAGCACCCCUUGCAAAGCUACGCACGCAGGGAGGUUCAAGAGUCACGGGGGAAGAGCAGAAGCUGCUGCCCAGGUCAAACCCCACCCCUGCAGGAUUAUCUGGGACUGCUCCUGACUUCUCAGCAAGCCCUACGGAGAGCGCAACUCUCUUGCCCAACUCGGGGGGCCCCUGGCAGGCGAAGCCGCUCGCGAUGCCCAAGCUCGACCUGCGUGAAAUCAUGAGCGAGGCCUCUUCAAGGACGCCGUCUGCCCUGUCGGCAGGCCUGGCUGCACAGAAGCUGAAGGAAGAUGGCCUCAAGGCCUCGACGCCGCCACAGUCGAAAAAGCAGAAGCCAUCGCAAAGGGAGAAAAAGCAGCAACAAGUUGCCGCGCAGGAGGCGGCGGCUGCAAGCCAGCUCAAAGCAGGCGUCACAUGGGAGACGGCCGCCAAGAAGCCUGCAACUGGUAACCCUUCGCCCUGGAAGCCCACGCCGGCGACAACAAAAAUCAACCUUAAGGAUGCCUUAUCGAGCGCCGGCCAGACGCCAGCUUCGUCCCCAGCCACAGCGCCUGCACCGGCUGCUAUGCCGGCCGUGGUCAAGCCGCUCGUGGCGGUCGAGUCGACAGCGGGGUCAGUAUCGAUGCACAGGCGCACGGCGUCCCCCGACACGCGGUUCGCAGGCCAGUCGCGGGCGCCGGGUGCGGCUUCGGCCUCGCCCCGCCACGAGCUAAUGCCGCACUCGAAGUCGUACCUGUCGCCAGCGGCCAAGUCGGAGCCGACGCUGGGCCUCAGCAUGGCCGACAUCAUUGGGCAGCAGCGGCGCGAGCAGGAGCUGGUGCGCGAGGCCGUCGCCAAGCGCAGCCUGCAGGAGAUCCAGCAGGAGCAGGCGUUCCAGGAGUGGUGGGACCAGGAGAGCCGGCGCACGCAGGACGAGGAGCGCCGGAGGGCCGCCAAGGAGGAGCGCGCGGCGGCCAGGGCGGCGGCUGCGGCCACGGGCGGCAGGGCGGGGACCGGGGGACGCCGUAAGGGGAUCAACGGCAGGAGCGGCGGUGACGGCUAUAAUAACAAUGCCAACCAGCCCGCCCCUGCGGCGGACACGAACCCCAGCGGCGCUGGCAGGAAUACGGUCGAUGACGGCAACGGCCCCGCCGAGGGAGGCGCCGGCGGCAACAGAGCCGGUCGAGGCGGGCGCGGGGCCCGGCGCGGACGGCCGUCCGCCAGGGGUCGUGGCAGCAGCGGCGCGACGACUACUGCGGUAUCCGCCCCGGAGGAUGCUGGCAAGUCCGGCGGCGGCGAACGCCAGGGCGGCGAGAGCAACAGACAACCGGGGAGUCGGGGAGGAAGAGGCAGGAAGCGAGAUGAUGGGGCGAAGGCGUGAGAGAAACGGCACACGUGUUUGUUUGCCUUGGCGUGGAUUGCUCAUUGGUUCCUAGUUGGGCGCUCUAUUUUCUGCUUUUUACCGGCAUCGUGAUGACCAUGAAAAGGACGCAGAUGGGUGGGAGAAGAGCACACAGGAUACAGAAAUGGUGAGGGUUCGUUCUGCUUUUACUAUGUAGAUAUAUACCGCAACCUACGUUACAGCAACCCCACUUCGCAAUGUAUAAAAUAUAUAUAAACUGUAUUAGAGAAGCCAAGCAUCACGGGAGGUUUCCUCGUGUAUCAGAGCAUCAACCACCAUC